AUGAACAACAGCAGCAAGAACGAGCGCAGCAGUUCAGGAGAAGAGGUCAGGACUCUGUUUGUCAGUGGUCUGCCGCUGGACAUCAAACCCAGAGAGCUCUACCUGUUAUUCAGGCCUUUUCAGGGUUACGAAGGGUCCUUAAUCAAACUGACCUCCAAACAGCCGGUGGGGUUUGUCAGUUUUGACAGUCGCUCAGAAGCAGAGGCUGCUAAGAACGCCCUGAACGGCGUUCACUUUGACCCAGAUAUUCCCCAGACUUUACGGCUGGAGUUUGCCAAAGCCAACACCAAGAUGUCCAAGAGCAAACUAGUAGGAAUCCCAAACCCUUCGCCGUCCAGACAGAGUCCUGGCCCUCCCUGUGUCACUCGAGAGACCUAUGACAUGAGUGUUCCUGCGCUGUACGCCAGCGGUCCUGAGGUGUGGGCGUCUUACCCACUGUACCCUGCUGAGCUGCCUCCGCCGGCUUACCCCUACAGCUCCUUGCUGCAAACUCAGAUUCGCUGGCUGCCAAUUGCGGACGCAACCAAUCAGGGCUGGAAGAACCGACAGUUUUGUUGACGUCUGUGUUCUGCAGGUGCAGCAGUGACACAGAUGACAUCCUCAUCUUUUCAGUCUUUCUUUGUUCAUCUUUACUACUCUCCGGUCUGUCUUCUGCCAGAAACAGAUACGUGAAACCGGAAACAAGAAGUGAGUGACUGUUGUGUAAGUGAAACAUUCAAUCAGCAGCGAGGUCGUGAAAUGAGCCAGCCAUGUAGGAAAUAAUAGUCAGUUUAGUGUCAUACAUAUAGGGCUCUGUUUACACCUGGUCACUUCAUGUGUUUUCUCUGAUAGGAUAUCUAUCUGAUUUUCAGAUUUAUACUUGACAACAUGAACGUGUUUCUGCAAAACAAAUAUAAGUCCAAUCUUCAAUUCCCGUGCUAUAUACAGUUCACCUCAAGGAAAGCAACAGUUAAACACUGCAUUUUGUUCAUCAUCAGCUAAUUUCAAGAUCAGAGACCACAACAAGAGUGAGAGCGGCAU